AUGCAUAUAUAUUUUUAUUACAAUAUAUAUGACAAUUAUAAAAAUAGUAAUUUCGUGUUAGCAACAUGUAAUAAUUCUAAUUCAAGAAAUUUAUCUAAAGUAAUGAGAAAAAAUAAUUUAAUAUUAAAUGAUGGAAAAGUAAGAAAUAAUGUGAGCGCUAAUAGAUAUAAUUCCAAACAUAUGAGAAGUAGUCAUAUUAGAAAGGAAGAACAUAAAGAUGAAAUAGAUGAAAAAAAAAAAUUCAAUAAUAAGAACUUAGAGAAAACUAAUAAUAAGAAAAAUAAUUAUUCAAUAAUAAAUAUGAAUCACUGUAUAUUAUCUAAAAUUUUAACAAGAGGGGAAUUAUACCAUGCAUUAAAUGGCGUUGAAGAGUUCACAUCUCGUAUAGAUCUUUUUAAUAUAUGGAAUCAAGAACUCGGUAUAAAUAGUGAUACAGUAGAUAUUUUAAUGGAAGAUUUGUCGUUGCAUUUAUAUAACGAUUUAUGUCAUUUUGAUUAUGUUACACUUAGAGAUAAUGAAAGUUGUCAUGAUGUAUAG